AUGUGGAUAGUUAAAUUUUUAAUAGUAGUUAAUUUUUUUUUAAGUUGUACCACACACUUUGAUAAAUUAUAUAGCAGUUAUUCUUAUAAUAUUGUACCAGAAAAUGGAAGUAUGUUAAAUAGGAGAAUUUUAGAGGAAGACAAAAGAAAUGUGAAAGUAGGAAGUACUAGUGAUGCUUCUGGAAAGGAUGGAUCUUCAAGUGGUUCCCCCAAUUCAUCUAGCACAGAAGGAAAAGAGAAUGAAAAUACAACUACUGAACAAGCAGGAAAAGGUAGUAAUAAAGAAGAAAGUGCCAAAGAAACUGCAAAUGAAAAGGGUGGUGCUAAAGUAGAAGAAAAAGAUAAAGAACAAACAGUUGGUGAAAAAGCAGGUAAAGAUCAAAAAAAAGUUACAGAAGAAUCUGGAAAAGAAUCCAAAGUAGCUGUUGAUACAAAAAAAAAUGAAGCUAUCCCUGAAAAGGUAGCUGAACCUCGUUCACCAACUUCAGAUGAGCAUGCUGGAGAGGAGGAGGACGAAGACGAAGACGACGAAGAAGAAGAGGAAGAUGAUGACGAAGAUUCUGAUUCUUCAAGUUAUGAUACUUAUAAUAAAGAAGAUUCAGAUGAUGAAGAUUUAUGUAAACAUAAUAAUGGAGAUUGUGGAGAUGAUAAAAUAUGUGAAUAUGUUGGAAAUAGAAGAGUAAAAUGUAAAUGUAAAGAAGGAUAUAAAUUAGAAGGUAUUGAAUGUGUUGAAAUGUUUUCCUUAGCAUCUUCUUCUUUAAAUUUAAUUUUUAAUUCAUUUAUAACAAUAUUUGUUGUUAUAUUGUUAAUAAAUUAA